AUAAAAUAGACAGCUUUCUAAAGUUCUUUUUCCUUUUAAUCACACUUAAUAUUCUCUGUAAAAUUAUAUAGGAAUAAUAUAUGAUCCAAGGAUAUAGCUUCAAAAGGAAUUCAUUAAAUGAUGAUUUGCAUGUAUCUAUACAUGCUUUAGCAUGGGAUCAGAACAUAGAGCUCUAUAAAGAAAAUAUAUCAUUACAUUCUUAAUAAUUUAGGAUAAUAAUUAAACAUGUUAAAUUUAUAAUAUCUCUUUUAAAAGUAGUUGUUCCAUAAUGAUGGAAUGAAUCCUACAGAUAAAAUCUAAGUUGUGUACAAACAUAAUUUUUCAGUUCAUAAAUUACAUUGUUUAUUUAAAAUGUAUUUGUUGCAAUGAAUUAAAUGUCUAAUCAAAAUACAAUGAAUAUUAGAAAUUAUGUUUUCAUAAAUCAAUUAGUACUAAAAUUUGUUGGAUUUUAUCCAAUAAGUAUUAUAAGAUAUGUUAUAUGCAUUAGUUGCAUUAUGUUUAUUGUUAUACCACAAAUAAUAAUGAUUUAUAUAAAUUGGAAUGAUUUAAAUAUUGUUAUGGAAACAGGUUCAACUUUAUUGACAAUUUUACUUGCUGCAUUGAAAUCAAUAGUUUGGAUAUUUAAUAGAAAAAAUUUGGAAUUUUUUAUUGAAUUUAUGCUGACAGAUUAUUGGAAAAUAAUUGAAACUAAUGUUUUUGAAUAUUUACAAGAAUAUGCAAUAUAUGCUAAGAACAUUACCAAAGGUUAUUUCAUUUCAAUGUGUAAUGCCUUAUUAUUUUUCUUUAGUUUACCUAUUAUUGAAAUAUUAACUAAAAAUGAA